CCGAGGGGGCCGUGGAGAGCGUGGGUGGUGGAAAAAGAGACUCCGCGCACGCGUACUCGGCGAGGCUCGCAGCCAGCCAGCCCUUUUCCCGUCGUCCUUGGCGUGAGGAGAGGCACGAACCGCGUGCUUAGCGUCUUGCUGCUGCUCGUAGUUCUCUCUCUUUACUCUUCUUCGAAGAUGAGGAGGCCGGCCAUCGUUUCUUCCUGAUUGUGGCGCGUUGGGCAGUCAGUUGGGACCCGCCAGUACUUUAGAUUUUCUCUGCAAUACAGUGGAUACAAUUUGUUAUGGCUACUCUGAGUGUUAUAGGUUCAAGUUCACUUAUUGCCUCUGCUGUAUUCCAGAAUAUACAGAAAUCUCCUGAGAUAAGGCCACUCUUUUAUAUGAGCUUUUCUGACCUCCUCCUGGGGAUAUGCCGGCUCAUUGAGGCACUUCUCUAUGGAACUUCAGCAGCCAAUAAGGACAUUGUUUGCUAUAAUCUGCAAGCAGUUGGACAGAUAUUCUACAUUUCCUCAUCUUUUUACACCGUCAAUUACAUCUGGUAUCUGUACAAAGAGCUGAGGAUGAGACACAACCAGAGUGGACAGAACACAUUUGCACUGGUUGUAGAUUAUACUUGUCAUGUUGGUCAAAUAGCCAUCAUUUUGUCAAGCCUGAUACCUCUGCUGUUGAUGAUACCUGUAUUCUGUCUGGGCAAUGUCAGUGAAUGUUUCCGCAACUUCAGUCAGAGCCACAGGUGUAUUCUGAUGUAUUCACCACCGUCACCCAUGGCUGAACUGCCUUCUGUCAACACAUCAGUCUGUACCACACUUUAUUUUUAUGGGAUCACCAUUUUCCUGACCAGCUUUCUCCUCAGCCUCCUUGCUAUUGUGGUCUUACUCAUCCAAACCCAGACCCUAUAUAAGAAGUUUGUGAAAUCGACUGGCUUUCUGGGGACCGAACAGUGGGCAGUGAUUCACAUCGUGGAACAGCGAGUGCGCUUCUAUCCAGUGGCCUUCUUUUGCUGCUGGGGCCCCGCUGUCAUUCUGAUAAUCAUGAAGUUGACUAAGCCACAGAACACGAAGCUUCACAUGGCCCUCUGUGUUCUCCAGCCCUCAACUGCUACUCUCCACCAUGCUCAUUGUGUCCAGAUAAUGCUGACCUCCCUGCUGUUCUUCAAACAUGCCAAGCAUGCUGCCAUCUCAGGACCUUUCCACCUAGACUUCCCUCUGCCAGCUGAGCCCCAGAGGAGAGGUUGGUGUUUGAGUCCAAGUUGUGAGGAUAUUCCCCAGAGUACUCCUGCAUGGAUGAAGAAAGAUGUCAGGUUGGGGGCAUCCAAAGAAAGAGAGCACCUAUCCAAGUCACCCAGGGAGGAAGAGACAUGACCUCUGGACUCCACGAACAUUAAUGCCACAUCCGAGUGCAUUCUUUUCCAUAUUAAGUUUCCUUUUGCUCCCUCUAAGUCUGGAUAAAAAUCUAGAGCCUGGACUUAGCUGUGCUUUGGGAAACUAAGGGAAGGGUCUUGGUCUCCACCAGUCUUAGGGAGCACAGAGAGGACAAUAGCCACCCAGGGAAGGCAGGUGAAGGACGGCAAGGAGUCACUGUCAGAAUCUCUUGGGGCUACAGCUGGCUGGGUCAUGAGUGACUACCAACAGAGAUCACUGGAACACGUAAUCAAGCCUUCCUCAGAAUCCCCCAAACAUGCUGGGGGAGGGAAUCCGGUGAAAGAGUGGGCUUUGUAGAAACAAUCACACAAAAUGCAGAACGCUGAACCUCAAACCAGAGUGCCCCUACCUCCUCUCUUAAAAUUGGUCACCUCCCUUCUACAGCAGAUCCUAAAGAACCCCAACCUUUAAUCCCUGGAAUUUGGGGGUUCCACACUUCUUAAGAUCUACCUGGCAGUUAGAAACAUGUCCCAUUUUCUAUCAGUUUUUCAGAGGAAGUUCAUUCGAAUAGCCUGUCCUAACCUUUGUUCCCUGCCUUCAACCUCGUCUUGCGAUCAUAAGGACAGCAACUAAAAAUAGCCUAUUCUACCUACCACUUCUGUACUGCUAAUUUUUUGUACAUUUUGUUGUCAAACAUUGUGAAGUUUUAAAUAGGUUUUAUUGAUUGAUUCUUGAUUUUCCAUCUGACUUUUGGUCUUUUAAGAACACCAUUUAAUUAGCUAAGCGUAAUCACCCCAUACGUAAAUCAUGACUCCCUUAUCCUUGAGAACCUAGCAAAAAUAUGUGAUGCUUUUUACCUUUUAUCAUAGUCCCCAUCACACGUGCAGUUAGGAAUGUCAUCCCUCCUGUUCUCCACUGAAGUGCUUUUCAGCAGAAAUCCUCCACAUCUUUUUCAAAAGUCUCUAACCACAAGUUUACAUGUGGGGGCCUUCAUUUACCCAGUCUGCCCUUGUUCCCAAAGCUCUCAGCUCACUACUAAUUAAUGGUACGUUUUCACCGCAAAUCCUGAUCUGUCAUAAAACACUCUGAGAUUCGGUUACCAGCAAAUCUCAUGACCUGGAAUCUUACAUACCUGAAGUCGUGAUUUUGAAUUUUCCCCUGACGUUUAGUUUUGUUCCACCAAAAGUAAUUAAUGUAAGCUUCUAAAAAGCAGAAAUCAGGUCUUAUCCCUUCCUUUGUCUGCUCUUUCCCGCUCACGUAGGUCAAGCAGUUAGAAGAGGGACUCAGCAAAAGUGUCGGCAGGGACUGAUGCUCAGGAACUUCCCUGAGGCUCAGAACGCUAGACCUGUAGCAGCAACACUGCACCUGAGCAAGGUUUUGGCCAGUGCCAUCCAUAGAAGUUACCCUCCUAUUUUAAGGUUGGUUCUGGCUAAGUCCUUCACUUGGUCAACAUUUACUGAGCACCUACAAUGAGCUGAGACCUCAAGCUGAGUAGGAUAUGAACCUGCCACUCCAGGAGGUCAGGAUGUAAUGGGGUAAAGGCACUUUUCAUCAGUAAUGACUACACAACGUGGUAGGUUCGUGACAGCAAUCAGCAUCCAUCCCGUAAAGGUUUUGUUUCGUUAGAGUCACUGAGGAAGAAGCCAUGUUCUGGGCAAUUGAGGACAUACUGAUGGUUGUUCUGGUCACUUUUUUUACUGAAGGAAAGGUUCAUGAAGCAGGGGGGAAUGUAGAUUCCGUCGUACCUGAGGCAGGACACAGGUUCCACCCGAACUCUGUGAUGUCUGUUUCCUCAUGUAGCAGAUGGAGGUCUCAGAGUGUAGAUGGGAAGAUAAAAUUAAGGCAAGGAAUGCAAAGUGUUUUACACAGUGUCUUGUGCUAUUGGAUUAUGUAGUUAUUAAAUGUGUUUGUGCUGUCUUUACAAUUAAGUACCACUUAAAGCUCUGUUCCUUUCUACACUCACUCAACAGGUAUUAACUUAAUAAAGGAAUUGAGAAACAAAUAUUUUUAAUAAAGCAGAAAAUAGAAAAAGGUAAAAUGGGUAUUUUAACUGAGCACUGGUCAAGAUUGCUUCUUGGCUAGGUUGCCCACCUCUGGCCCAUUUACCCCAACCAGACUAAUCAUACCAUCCUGAAUUAAAUGGAGCUCUUUCAAGAAACUGCAAAACUAAAGGACAUCCAGGUUAUAGGCCAUAUAAAGCCUAAAGUGAUGUAUUGUUUGAACACAUAUAUUUACUUACUUACUAAUUUAAAAUCGUUUCAUUUCAUGAAUAAACUUCAUAGGGCAAAUUAGAACAAUGGACGUAUAACCAACUUUCUAACAUAAUGUGUAGUUUUAAGUGGGGUGAAAAAGCCUGGGACUGCAAUAUAUAUAAGCAUGAAUAAUGCUGUACACCCAGUAAAAUAGGUGGAAGAUUAUAUCCAUAAAAGACAGAUUACUCAGAAACUGGACCUACUAAGGCAAUAUAUUUAUCUGAAUAUUUCAUGAGAAAAGUUUAAUUUAAAUGCUUCAUAAAAUGUGAAAAUGAAAAUUUGAAAUAUUUUUAUAAGUGAUUUUACAUAUGCAUAGAUAACCAGUGACGAAGUUGAAGAAGAAAAGUCCUCCUCGCACAGUUUACCUUUCCACAGGCUGUAGACUUCCUGUCAGGGCCUGCAGCCGUCAGUGUAAACUUCAUGUUUGCUCCACUGAGCCUCUAUUCCACCUAAUGAUUCAGGUAUUUGCUAUACUCGCCUUCUUCCUGUCACUACUCAUUUUUCCCCCUGGUUCUUCCUCUAAUCUGCCUACUUCUGUUUCUGGUACAGUUUCUUGAGUAUCUUCUAGAACCUUUUGUUGGCACUGUGAUCUCUCCUUUCCAGCCCCAAUAAUGGCACCAAUAAUCAGACUUAAAAAUACUAUUAAAAGAAAUAAGGCGAAUAAGUACACCAUCCUGGAAAGGCCUUUGCUUUCAUCUUCAUUCUCACAACCUCUGCCAGACUUACUACGAGAAACACUAUGACUUCUGCUUUCAUCUUCACUUGGAUUUCCAUCAUGUGGCUUUCCAGGAGGGCCACUGUCCACACUACCCCCAUUUCCUGCAGCUUUGCAGUCAGGGGGUGCAUAGCCAGCCUCACAAUGACAGUGCCUUAAAUUGUUGCAGACUCCUCUCCCAUUACACAUUUCAUUAGGUUCACAGUCGUAGUGGAGCACGACAUGAUCAGUGCAGGAGUAAUUCAUGCAGACUUUGUGUGGGGCACAAAGAGUGCCGUUGUGCACCUCUCCAUCAUCGGGGAUGUCAGUCAUGUUAUAGGCAUCCAUGCUCCAGCACCAGUCAUCUUUGUGAGGUACCUGGAUCAGAGUAUGGUGGGGUUUGAUUGCUGGUAUCCGUCUAAUAUUUGUACAUAUAAGUUUCCCACAAAAUAUAUGAUCAUCAGAGCAAUUAACAUACUCUGUCCUAGACGAGGCCCACAAGCCACAGUUCCCAAACCGGUCUCCUUUGGUGUUCAUGGAAAUAUAACAGUGUUCUGGGGCAGACCUUGCAGGGGACCCAUAUAUAUCCACACAUUGAUUAUCAGGGUUCUUACACCGGCCGCCAAAACAAUAGUGAAUUCUGUCACACAAUGUGCCAUCUUGCUUAUAGCGGUCUAUGGGGCAUUCUCCGGAGGUACCAUCACAAUAUUCAGGGAGGUCACACUCUCCAAGAGCAGGACGACACAUGAAUCCCUUAUGUCUCAACUGGCAAUCAGAACAGCAUAGUCCGUCACUACACUGUGCAUGCUCCUUCAGCCUACAUGUUUGGUCACAGCACCGGUGAUCACCACAGUCAGGUCCGCAGUCACACUCCUCACUGUCCUCCAACACACCAUUUCCACACUCUGCAUUCCUACGCAGGCGAUGUUGGGGCCGAGGCUUGUUAAAUAGGCAGCCCCCUUUGUGUUCCCGGAGGAACUGGUAGAAGUAAUCAGAGCUGCAGUUGCUGAAGCCACCUUCUUUGGUGAUAUUUUCACGCAUGAGGCACAAGCGUUUAUCUCUACAAGCGCAGGCCGAGUGGUCGUGCCGAAUACCCAAGUUGUGCCCAAGCUCGUGGGCCAUGAGCGCUGCAAACAGGAGGACGUCUUCAUGAUGGAAGGACUCAACGGCUGCCGCAAAGCCACUUGAACAGGCACCACUGAGAAAUGCCUGUCCCACGUCUCCUUCAGGACGAUGUCCAACGAUCAUGUGGGCAACAUCGUGCUUCACACGACGGGAGAGCUUCUCCUGCCUCCAGCUGUUGAAAUUCCCGAGUGUAACUUGCAAGUCCGCCGGGACUUCUAUGAGGUCCCCCUCGGUCCAAAUCUCCAUUCCAGCCAGCACCACCUCUGUGUUUAUCCCCCUGGUGAAGCUGUUGGCCAGAGCGGUGAUGUCCAUGACCCUCUGGACUGCCUCACUGACGUCACUGCCCCACAUUUGGAACCGCUGGUUGUUGACCACGACAAACAUCUCCACGUACUUGGUGUGUGACCAAAAGGAGGACGGUGCCUGUGGACUGUGAGGCUUCCUGCUCCCCUGCUGCCGGCUGGCAGGCGCCACUUGGCUGCCUUUGGAAGUGACCCCACAGGAGACUCGAGCUUGGUGUGCCAUCGUGUACAACACAUGUUCAGAGCGUUUCGAAGUGUCCUUGGGCUUAAUGCCAUAGGGUUUCCCCUCCUUAAUCAGGAUGCCCCUGAGGCCUGAACAGGUGUUGAGAGAAACAAAAGAACCCGGGACUCCUUCUAUGUAGCCUUCAUAGUGACAGUCAUGUGAGAUGAAAGGCAUUUCUUGCCCCAGGACGCCACCGUGGUAGCUGAAGACUGGAAAGUCCUUCACAAAACAGUCUCUCUUCGCCUUCAGGUGAAUCAUCCAUUUCUGGCCCUGCAUUAAGAGCAUAUAGGAUGCCUUUUCCACUGGGUCUUCCCUUCCCUUGACUGUCAGGCUCUUGGGGAUGACUGUUUCAUAAGAAGAGUAAUAUACAGAUCCCAGGUCACAGUACAUGCUUGGCAGGAAAAUCACCAACAGCAGCACAAUCCCCAAUCUGACACACGAGGGUUCUGGCACUUGCCCCAGCCUCAAGUUCCUCUUCUGCUGAGCCCAAAUCUGAAACUUUACCUUACCCUCUUUUGAGGCCCCUUGGUUUUUCCAUGAUGACAGUAUAGAGGCAGGGUUUCUCAAAGAGGCUGCCACUGAAACAGCCAUUGUGAAUCAGUUGGCACUGCAGGGCUUCCGUCCUACAGCAGCAGCUCUGCCUAGCAUGUUGAGCCUCAGAGACUCAAGUAUCAGCCCCAGAUCUGGGCUGGCUCCCUUAGGGAUGGCUGCUGUCCGGCUCCUGGGUUACAGACUUAGGGACUGUAUUUCUACUUGCUCUUGGCCUUUUCUAGUUCCCUUACCAUAUGACUUCCUUCCAACAGCAGUAGCUUUAACGUUCCUUGGGUAAGUUCCCUUUGUCCUCACAGAGAGAUGCCAUGUGGGCAGACUGUAAUGAUCCAGCCAGUACUAUAACUCAGGCAAAUUAUCCUUAUUCUCAACCCAGGCCACACUACUCCUGAUAUCCGUUAAUCUGUUCAUUCUUUGAAAUCCAACAUUCUGGCAGGAGGUUGGGGGGAGGGGACAGGGAUCCUUUGGGGAUCUCUGAACAGGACAAAUUUCUCUGUUACCCAUGCCUCCCAUCCCCAUUUCUGUAGCAUUCAGGAUACUGUUUCGCAGCCCAAGCCUCCUUUGUCAGCCUUUGUUCAUUACACAUUCAGUUUAGACAUUUUAUAUCUGCAUAUAAACAUAUUUUUUUCUGCUAUGAAGUUUUCCUAAUGCACAUAUUAAGUGACAAAUGAAAUGAGCUCAGUUUUACCAUGGAAAUAUGUAAGUGAGGAGGAUCAACAUUCAGUUCCUCCCAACAGACCCAACACAAAAACAAACUAAGUAGGUAUCUAGUUACCAUUUCACCAAGAAAAUAAAAACUGGAGUCUGUAAGAAUUUUUUUGAAGAUUUCUUCACUCUUUUCACUAAAAUUGAACUGUACUGUCUGUGUAAGUCUUUGGAUUUGGUUUUGUGUCAAUUUCCUGGGGUAUUUUGCAGUACAAAAUUGAAAGGGAGAAAAAGCACUAUCUAUCCACAUUCUUUGCAUAGUUAUUCUCCUGUGCAUUCUAAGAUGAACUAAAAUAAGACCGUGCAUAUUUUAUCUUGCAUAGAAAUAAUUUUAUAUCAAGUCAAACGUUUACAAUAUAAAACCUUUGAAGUAAGGGUUAUGACUACAACUAACACUCAACAAUGGAGAUAUGCCCUAUCUAGUUCAAAAAGGAAUGGUUCGGUACCACAAGAUCUCAGAUGUGAGCAGGAGAGCAGGUCACCUCAAUUAUAUUUAAUUCCUAAUACAGAUGAUAAAAUUUAUCAUUAGCAUCUGGCAUCAUUAGCAUCUAGCAAAUAUUAAGAAAUUUAUAGCAAAUAAGGUAAGAUGAUUUCUAGCUAGAUUUCUUAUUUUAUAUAAGAGAAGAAAGCCUCUUCCAAUUAUAUAAUUUGGAAAUUAAUACAAAUUUAAGGUAUUUCCCUGUAUUUUAACCAAACAUGUAGGACAAAUUGAGUCAUUUUGUGGGAUAAAAGAACCAAAUCAAUAAUAAAAGAACACUACUACUUUUUAAAUAAAUAGAAAUAUAAUUAAAGCUAAGUGUAUCCAAGUUUUCAGUUUUUAAAUUGAAACACAUUUUCUUUAAUACAUACACAUAUACGUGUUCACAGACAAGGUCUGAUUUAGAUCAUUUGAGUUCUUUAACCAAUAAUCCCUUCAAUUUGUUCUUUCUCACAUGAAUACAACAAACUCUUCUUAAAAAGUUAUCUAUUUAGAGAAAAAAUUUUUUUCACUUCUUAAGUAGGCUCUAUGCCCAGUGUGGGGCUUGAACUCAUCACACAAGAUCAAGAGUGGCACACUCCACUGAUGAGCCAGCUAGGUGCCCCUAAAAAGCGUACCUAUUUCUAGCUUUAAAAAGCUAAAAAGCUAUCCUCCUACGUUUCAGACAGGUAUCUGGCAGGUAUUUUCCUAUGCUUAUACACUUAACCGGAAAGAUACACAAAUUGUUUUACAUCAAGCAGAUUUAUAACUAUGUUAAAGUCUAUAGGCAUUUGAGUGGUAAGUAAUGGUUUUGGUUAAACAGAGGGUUAGCAAAUCAUGUGGGAAAACUGGAGACUCUAACCUCCUGCCUACAAGAACUGUCCUUACAAUGUGAACUGCCUGCAGGUAGAGGCAUUUAGAGGUAGGAAGAGACGAAGCUGAUUUUGUUUCACAUCCAGUUACAUGUGAAAUUUGCUUUAUUAGGAGACCUGACUGGCAUACCAAAACAGAAUUUGCUACUGGCCUACAAACCCCACGAACGAAAUUCCACUUUGAAGACCACAAACAGUGCUGCGUCCUUUGGGAACUACUGUUCUGUCAGGGGUCCAAAGUAAGACCCACUUUUGCAUUACAACAGCUAGACUGUCCUCCAGGGUAUUCACCAGCUUCCAGCAUGGAGCUCUCCCAUGUGGGCAUAUGUGGACGCAGCGCUUCUUUUGGGGGCCAGAUUAAUUCGGCCCGGUGUGACUAAAAUGUGGGCAACUGUUGCUUAGAGUAAAAGGAAGCACUAUUGUAGAUGUCCUUUUAGAUCAUGCCUAAAAUUCACCACAUGCUAAAGGAAAAAAAAAAUCAUCCAGAGCCUUUGGAAGGUACCUUAAUAACAAAUCAAGAAGUUAAUGGUAGACUGGGCAUACCAGUAUUUACUCUGAAAAAAAAAGAGUAACAGAGUUAACUAUGGCCUUCCUUCCUCCAGCCAAUACCUCUGCCCUGAGAAAAACAACAGGUGAACAUUCAUUCUGUUCUUCUAGAAAUAAGUGCAGCAUUUUUCCUGAUUGCAGUAAGCGAUUUGUAAGACUGCAUUUCACUAAAAAAACAGUAACUUAAUUCAACCCUUAAUUCAACUCUCAGCUAAGUCUUCUGGUCAACAAAUAAGAAAACACUUUGUUUUUCUCUGCUGCCUAACUCUUUGAUUUUGCCGUAUUUAAAAGCACUGAAUUCUCCUUACAGGGUAUCCAUUUACAACAGUUAUUAGUCACCUAAGAUUAGGGAGCCUUACCGUUAAAAGCAUCUAUUACCCAAUAUGACAAGGUAAUCCUUAUAAGAUGCUUUGUGUUUUUAUCAUGUAUUUCCAGUCAGUCACAUACAUGUGAUGCAUACUAACCAAAUGUCAUCCUGAGGACAUGCUCAGCAAGGUGGACAAAUCAUAAGAAAAGAAGUGAGCUCUGUGAGGUCAGUUUUGAUCGAAGAGAAUGUGACAGGACAAAAGUGAAGAAUUGCACCUGCGACCAUCUUCCUCUGCUCUGUGAACUGGAGUUUGCCUGUUAGCCCUUCUAUUCACCAACACAGGCACCCGCCAAAAACGGCCAAACACACAAACAAAUAACAGUUUGUUAUGGAAGCUCGUGUGCACAACAGAAAACUAAAAAAGCAUCCAGCCUUGUUUUCCAUUCAAACAGUUGAUCUCUGGCCGAAAACCACCCUUCCUGAAAAUGAAGGGCACUGAACGAAACAGACGUAGCCUGGGGAUGCCAACACGAAGCGCAGGCUGAAAUAUCAGAGAGUAAAAGGGCAGCUUUAGAAGAAAAAACUGGACCAUUUUAGAUGCUAAUCCAGUAGUCUAGUUUACAUGAUAUGUAACUUUCUCAGAAAAAUUAUCUGAUAAAAAGGGCCAGGAAAACAGAAAAACGGAAGCAGCAGCAACAGAGCUUGGUGAGGCCUGUGGGGAAGGGAAGAGGACUGAGCAGGACCUUAGAGGAGCAGAAUGAAGCUCUGGUUCUACAUGAAAAGAAUAAACUCGAAAUCUUGUUAGAUGUAAGAAACCCCCCAUACCUUUGAAAAGAUCUGACCCCCAAAAAAGAGAAAUGUUACCACUUUUCUCUAAGGAAUUAGGGACAAGAGAAAUGAGGCCUCAGCUCCUUGCCUCUUCUAUCAUGGGAGUUGGCAUCCUGUGGGUUCCAGCAGGCAGUCUGCAAUAUGGAUCCACAAAAAUCUGUUUGGCACCAGAGCUAAUCUACCGAUGGUGCAGAAAGCAAAUACACAGGGUGAGUGAGCCCAGAUUCCACAGUACUUGAUUCAGAUGUUUACUGAACAGACAGGUCAGUAUCGUCGGCCCUUUGUCUAUCACUGACAAAUGGUUUUUGUAUACUUUAUUACAAAUAAAACAAUCUUGUUGACAAUACCAUCUAUCAUCUUACAAACAUAUGAGAAAACAGUCCUAGAGUAAUAGUAUAUCUCUAGGAACUGAGCUUUUCUUACAAACAAAUGAACUAUACUAUGAGUAAGUUCUGUAUUUAAAUCUAUACAGCGUCUUUAAGUAAUGUGGAAAUGAAAUUAUGAUUUAUUAAUUUACAUAAAAAUUACUUUAUACAUUAAAGAAUAAUUUUUCAAAUUGUUAAAAAAAAA